UGAGACCACCCUUUGAGCAGAACAAUCCAUCGAUUUCCUUGCCCUCCACCAGCACAUCAACCUUCUCCUCCCCGGUCAAUUCGUUCUCAUCUCUGCUCCUCUCGAAUCAUUAUCCACUCCCUACAACCAGCACUGCGCCUUGGAACGACAGCAGCAACAGCAACCAUGCUCAGCAGCUCCGAGAUCCAUGGAACCAUCUCUUCAUGCCAACCAAUGGUGAAUUAGCUAAUGAUGAGGAGAGGCACAAGAAUUUGGAAGGGCAGGCGCUGUUUCCAGCUACAAUCACCGGAGAAGGGGAAGAAGGCGAUGGGAGCAGCGCCGCCGGCCACAUCUACAACAACACCGCUAGACAUGGGAGCAGCCCGGCUGGCAAUGAGUUCCAAUUGGCAAUGUCCUCUCCAUCUCCAUGGUCCAGGGGUGUUCAGCACUACCACAACACCCUGCAGCACCAAGCUUCCUCCAUCACCUCCACCAGCUCCCUCGGAAAUAACAUCUUGGACUUCUCAAACAAUGGUUCGCCACGUGAGUGCACGAGCACAGCAUCUGGAGCAGCUUUCAAGAAGGCUAGGACCCAAGAACCCUCCCCGGCUCAAUCUACUGUUAAGGUGAGAAAGGAGAAGCUAGGGGAUAGAAUAACUGCCCUUCACCAGCUCGUCUCCCCAUUUGGGAAGACUGACACUGCGUCUGUACUCCUUGAAGCCAUUGGGUACAUCAGAUUCCUACACGGUCAAAUUGAGGGCCUGAGCUCGCCGUACCAGCUGGUCGGCGGCGGCGGCGACGGAGGUGGGGGCUCCGGCAGCGCCAAGCAGCGGCACCAGGCCAGCGUGCAACAAAAAGAAAGGAGCAGCAUAUUUCCAGAAGAGCCUGGCCAGCUGCUACAUGGCAAUGCCACGAGGAAGAGAGGACGCCCUGAUCAGGACGAAGACAGCUGCGAGGAAGCAAUGACGAAGGACCUGCGGAGCAGGGGGCUCUGCCUCGUCCCGGUGAGCUGCGCGCCGGACUUCGGCGCCGACGUCGGGCCGGCUGACUACUGGACGGUGGCGCCGCCUUUCGGGAUGGGGUUCGGCCGGUAGAUGCAUGGGGUUAACGAUCAUGCAAGUGGUCGUCGAAGCUGCCGGGAGCCGGCCAGGGAGGUCUGUCUAGGAGUACCGGGAUACAUACCUGUCUUGCAUGCAUGGGCUGCAUCGCGUCGAGAGCACCCAUCCUGCUGAAAAAUUCUUGAUGUACAUUCGUCUGCUGGUCAAUGAUAUUGGUCAAAGUGCAUCGAUCAGGCAGAUGCUAGAGACUACGUAGCUACGUUGUAUAUCAUCAGAUAGCUAGCUAGAACCACCUUCGGAAGUCUUGUAAGUGAGCAUGCAAGCAUGCGUCUCACCUGCUUACAUGUCUGGAAUGGUCUGGUUGGCUGUAUAAUGUGUAUCUCUACUUAACUACUGCAAUGUGCCACAUUUAACAAAGAAUUUCAUAUC